AUGUCUCUGCGUAAAAUUUUUUCAGAGGACGCACCAACACACCAAAGCUUUCCACCGGUGAAAGUAAAAGUGGUUGCCCUGCACACAAGGACCACAGUGUCAAACUGGGUUUUUGACAAGGGGGAGGCUCACCCUCUUGUCAAGCAUACCAACUGCACUGCUGCCAUUAGCGAUGGUGUUGCAGUGGUCAAAUUCACUGCGUUUCAGGGAAUAGCAGCCAAACUCAGUGAGGGAGGAAGCUAUAUAAUCAGAAAUUAUGGCAUGUCAAAGUAUGGCAGUACACGUACCAUGUUGUCCCGACGUGAUACUGCAGUGUAUCACACCUCCCAGAUCGAAGUCCCAGCCCACCUCGUGGAGGAAGGCAAACACAUGGUGUGCCCUCCAUCCCCAUUCAAACACAUCAAUGACAUUGAAGGAGAGACUGACACUCUCUUCACUGUUGAGGGCUGUGUCACAGAAGUAAGCAUCUCAUUAUCACUGCUGAUGAUAUGGUGACCCUUGGGGGGGGGGGGGGGGGGGGGUAUCAUGCUUUUCAAAAUUUACAACAAAAACUGCAAAGUUACAAAGUUUGGUGCCCAUACUAUAUGCUUGCUAAGUUUCAGAUCACAAGGUCAACGUGUGUUGUCAUACUGUCAGAAAAAAAGACGUUUACUGCUCAAAUCUCAGACAAACAAGCGAAUAUGCAAGAUUGUGGUGUAUGUGCGAGAUUUACUAAAAUUCAGAUGUACAAUGAUAUGUUAACACACCACUGUGAGAAAUUUGAGGCCUAUUUUGAUCUGAAAAUUAUGUAAAGCUAUUCAAGAGGUAUCAGAGAAGGAGUCUGUCAAAAUGCAUGACACCCCCUCUUUAAUGCCGUACACAACAGUACAUUAAUAAUCAGUUAAGGGUAUCAAAACCUCUCUGUGGUCUGUCCUAUCCAGAGAUCUGUUUUUGUAUAGUUUAUGUCUCCUGCUCUCCUUGGUUAAAAAGGCUUCUAAAAUCAAUGACUUGUAGCACACUAUAUCCGAAUGUAUUAAAAUGUGUGUAUCUUUGUGUUUAGAUCAACAAAGUCAAGCAGGUACCUGGCCAGCGGGGCCAACCAGUCCCCAUAAUCGAGAUCAAGAUCAAAGAGGUAAAGAAUAAGUCUAAAUACAAAACUGACAGUAAAAUAUAAGCAGAAUGAAGAUUUAGGCAACGAGAGUUGUCAGUAAAUACAAUUCUUAUGAGGCCUGUUUCAUUAUUACAGAAAGAGGCAGAUGUCUGCCUCUGGCGAGAAGCGACAUUGGCGGAACUGAGCUUGGGGAAACCUUGUCGCAUCACCCACCUCAGGGUCAAGACCUCGGGCCAAUAUGGGUUCACACUGCACACCACAAGCUUCUCAAAUGUUGAAGUAAGUCAAAGAUGUACAUACUGUGUAAUUCACUGAACUGUUGUCUCCUUUAUGAUGAGCCUUUUGCUUCUAAUCAAGUCAGAUUGUUCUAUGACGUCCACCUGUCCCCCACCAUGACCACCAACUGCUUGUACAUUGGAAUUAGUUUCAUUGGCAAAAAGCAUAUGAGCCUGCAAAAUUGCUUCCUGAUUAUUUUUUUUUUUCAAGUUUUCUCCUCCCCCUGAGGAGGUGAUGUAGUUAAUUCUUCAUUUGUUUGGACAAUAGUUGUGUCACUACAGAAAAUAAGAAUCAGAACUCUGAGAAGAAAAACUGAACCUAUACUCUGGACCAAAAAUGAUGGUGUGCACUGUGUAAAACAUUUCUCCUCAACAGAUGGUGACCAAGCACGUCCAUAUUGCCGUGGCGGGUUUCUCGUUCCACGAGGAAGAUGAGUGUGUCAACAUCCUGGAUGACAGCUACGCUGAGUGGACUGUCCCACGCUGGAUGUGGGACGAAAAAUUUCCCGAUGCCGUUACAAAAAUGCCAGCAAGCGUUAUCAUCGCUUUUGAGGAGGGAGAUGUGGUCGAUAUUUUAUAA